AUGUGGACCUUGCAGACCUUGGUGUAUUAUAUUGUACUUGUUGUUGAAGAGUUCUUGACCCGGGAAGUGAACUAUGUAAUAAGUACCCGAGGAAUCCAAACAACGGGCGGCUCUAGUAGUGAACGGCAGCCUUCCCCCAGUGGUGUUCCAGUGGCCUCCCCUCUAACUCCUCACCAGCCCCUGUCCUCCCUACAGUCAACCUCACAUGAUUCACCAUUAAAUAUUGACUCUCCCAGGGAAGACACAGGCAAAAAACGUGUUAGAACAAGAGCAGAGGUGUUACUGGAGCGUGCUUGUGUGCGCCGCCAAGGCACCAGUGAUGUAAUAGAGAAUGCACGUUUAUGGAGUGUUCCUGUUUGGCCGUUGGCCAAACUCCUCAAGUGGUUAUCUGUCCUAAAAGAAAGCAACCGUUACAGACCCCAGAAGACUCAUGGUACCUUAGCCUCGAAAAGUUCCUCCUCCUCCUCGUCUUCCUCGCCAAAGGUUCAACGUAUCAAAGGUCCCUUCAUCAAAACAGAAUCUUUUAGCAGACAGUACAAACCACUCUUCAAGGAGUUGUCUGCUUGGCCAGAGUUGAAUUUGUCCAAUCUUCGGGGAGUUUCUCCGUUUACUGAAUUCAAGCAGGUCAAAGCUCGGCCGAAUCCCAAAACCUCCUCAGCACACAGGGACAACUACAGAGAAAAGCACACGAGGGAUCGGAAUCGUGGGACAAAAGUUAAGGACAGCGGAUACUGUGAAUUGUGCUGCACCAACUACAGUAACUUACGCCUUCAUCUGCAGUCUGAUACACAUAUAGCAUUUGUGAAGAACGACAAAAAUUAUCAAGACCUUGAUGAACUUAUCAACGGACAAAAACAAGGCAGUCAGCUCUGGGGCAGUUGA